CAGUGUGGCUUCACAAUAGUGUGAAGAUGGCGGCGGUCAGUCGGUGUAUGUUACGGUUGCUACUGUUGUCCGUGUGGUUGUGCGGUUUCGGCUCCGUCCUCGCCUUGAAGGCUGCCGGCGGUCUGGCCGAGCCGCCCCGUCCUCCCGUCCUCAAAGCAGCCGACUUCCCGGCAAAGAAUGCACCUGCCGCCGCGGCCUCGCAGGCUCGGAAGGCGAGCGUGUGGAAGCUGUCGGAGGAGGAGGCCUGCAGGGAGGACCUGAGCCGGCUGUGCCCCAAACACACUUGGACCAACAACCUGGCCCUGCUGGAGUGUCUGCAGGACCGCAGAGAGGACACUGACAUUGCUCCAGACUGCAACCACCUCCUGUGGAACUAUAAACUUAAUCUGACCACAGAUCUCAAGUUUGAGUCCGUGGCCAUGGAGGUCUGCAAGAGCAGCAUUGCUGAGUUAAAGGAGUGCAAUGAGGAGGAGCGUGGGAGGGGCUACCUGCUCUCCUGUCUGGUCGAUCAUCGUGGCAACAUCAGUGAAUACCAGUGUAACCAGUACAUCACGAAGAUGACCAGCAUCAUCUUCAGUGACUACAGACUGAUCUGUGGCUUCAUGGACAAAUGCAAAGAAGACAUCAACAACCUGCACUGUGGCAGCAUCAACGUGGCACACAAGGAUGUUCAUUCCCAGGGUGAGGUGAUCGCUUGUCUGGAGAAGGCGAUGGUGAGGGAGGCAGAGCAGCAGGAACAGGCUCAUUCAAUCAAAGAGGAGUGUCGGAAGGCGAUCCUGCGGGUUGCAGAGUUGUCUUCAGAUGAUUUCCACCUCGACCGACACCUUUACUUCUCUUGUAGAGAUGACCGGGAAAGAUUCUGCCACACUAUUCAAGCAGGAGAAGGAAAAGUCUACAAGUGUCUUUUCAAUCAUAAGUUUGAAGAUGCCAUGUCAGAGAAGUGUCGCGAUGCUCUGACCACACGCCAGAAGCUAAUCUCGCAGGACUACAAGGUCAGCUACUCUCUAGCAAAAGCCUGCAAGCUCGAUCUGAAGAAGCAGCGCUGCAGUCUGGACACCAACCUGCCACGAGCCCGUGAGGCCCGGCUGUCGUACCUCCUGCUGUGCCUGGAGGCCGCUGUGCACCGUGGUCGUACGGUCAGCGGAGAAUGUCAGGGAGAGAUGCUGGACUACCGCCGGAUGCUGAUGGAGGAUUUCUCUCUUAGUCCAGAGAUCAUUCUGCACUGCAGGGCCGAGAUCGAGGCUCACUGCUCCGGCCUGCACCGCAAAGGCCGCACGCUUCACUGUCUGAUGAGGAUUGGACGUGGAGAUCGCAGCAGCACCGUCGACAGUGUUUGCCAGAGUGCCCUUCAAACUCUGAUCCAGUCUGCUGACCCCGGAGCUGACUACCGAAUCGACCGCGCACUGAACGAGGCUUGUGAAUCUGUCAUUCAGACUGCCUGCAAGCACAUCCACAACGGAGACCCAAUGAUCCUGUCCUGCCUGAUGGAACAUCUGUACACAGAAAAGAUGGUUGAAGACUGUGAACAUAGACUUUUGGAGCUGCAGUAUUUCAUCUCCAGAGACUGGAAACUGGACCCCAUGCUGUAUAAAAAGUGUCAAGGUGAUGCUGCUCGACUCUGCCACACCCAUGACUGGAAUGAGACCAACGAGCUGAUGCCCCCGAGUGCCACCUUCUCGUGUCUGUACCGCCACGCCUACCGCACAGAGGAGCAGGGACGCCGGUUGUCUCGGGACUGUAAAGUGGAGGUGCAGAGGAUUCUCCACCAGAGGGCGCUGGAUGUGAAGCUGGACCCUGAACUACAGAAACGCUGCAUGACGGAUCUGGGCAAGUGGUGCAGCGAGAAAUCAGACACCGGACAGGAGCUCGAGUGUCUACAAGAUCAUUUAGAGGACUUGGUAUCUGGCUGCAGGGAUGUUGUGGGCAACCUGACCGAGCUGGAGUCAGAGGACAUUCAGAUCGACGCUUUGCUGAUCCGAGCCUGUGAGCCUGUUAUCCAGGCCCACUGCCACGAUGUAGCUGAUACCCAGGUUGAUUCAGGCGACCUGAUGGAGUGUCUGGUUCAGAAUAAACACCAGAAGGAGAUGAACGACAAGUGUUUAGUGGGCAUUACACACUUCCAGCUGAUUCAGAUGAAGGAUUUCCGCUUUUCGUAUAAGUUCAAGAUGGCCUGUAAGGAGGACGUCCUCCGCUUGUGUCCCAACAUCAAGAAGAAGGUGGAUGUUGUCAUCUGUUUGAGCACCACAGUGAGGAACGACACACUGCAGGAGGCCAAGGAGCAGCGGGUUUCCCUCAAAUGUCGGAAACAGCUGCGGGUGGAGGAGCUGGAAAUGUCGGAGGACAUUCGGUUGGAUCCUGACCUCUAUGAGCCCUGUAAGCCUGACAUUACCCGCCUGUGUUCCAACGUGGCCUUUGGAAACGCUCAGAUGAUCGAGUGUCUGAAGGAGCAGAAGAAACAGCUCAGUCAGCGCUGCCAUCAGCAGAUCUUCAGGCUCCAGGAGGUGGAGAUGACUGACCCUGAGCUGGACUACCAGCUGAUGAGAGUCUGCAAGCAGAUGAUCAAGCGCUUCUGUGCAGAGGCCGAUGCCAGGAAUGUUCUUCACUGUCUGAAACAGAACAAGAACAGCGAGCUGAUGGAUCCCAAAUGCAAACAGAUGAUCACCAAGAGACAGAUCACGCAGAACACAGACUACAGGUUAAAUCCGGUCUUAAGGAAGGCCUGUCGAGCUGACAUACCGAAGUUCUGUCAGUCCAUCCUGAACAAGGCGAGCGAGGACAACGAGCUGGAAGGUCAAGUCAUCACCUGCCUCAAACUCAAAUAUACGGACCAGAGGUUGUCCUCAGACUGUGAAGAUCAGAUCAGAGUGAUCCUCCAGGAGUCCGCUCUGGACUACAGAUUGGACCCACAGCUGCAGAUGCACUGCUCAGAGGAGAUCUCCAAGUUGUGUGCAGAGGAGGCGGCAGCUCAGGAGCAGACGGGGCAGGUGGAGGAGUGCCUGAAGGUCAACCUGCUGAAGCUCAAACAGGAAGCCUGUAAAAAGGAAAUUCUGAAUAUGCUGAAGGAGAGUAAGGCAGACAUCUUCGUGGACCCGGUCCUCCACACCGCCUGUGCUCUGGACCUCAAACACCACUGUGCUGCUGUCACACCCGGCCGAGGCCGACAGAUGUCAUGUCUGAUGGAAGUGUUACAAGACAAGAGAGUCCGCCUGCAGCCAGAGUGUAAGAAAAGACUACAAGACCGCAUUGACAUGUGGAGCUACGCUGCAAAGGUGGCACCGGCAGAGGGGUUUUCAGACCUGGCUGUGCAGGUGAUGGCGUCACCUUCCAAGUACUUCAUCCUGUCCAUGAUCCUGCUGAGUGUGUCACUCUUCUUCCUGGUGGGGCUGCUGUGCGGCCGCUUCACCAAGCGGGUGAGGAGGGAGAUGAAGGACCGGUAGAAGGACUGGCUCCUCCCACUCGCCUCUCUACCUCUCCUCCUGAUCCCUCCAGAUACCCAGUCUGCAACCAGCUGACCUGCACCGCGCCCACAUCCCGACCUCCUCCUGCGUUUGAAAACCUCUUUAUCUCCAGACUUUGAGAGAACGUUUGCAUUGGGAGUGCACCUCAUGGCCACAAGUUUUGAUCUGCUUUGUGAUGGAGGAGCGUGGGGGCAGUGAGAAUCACUUCCCCUCGUUCAGCACUGAUGUUCUUGAUCAAACUGAAACAAGAGCAUGUCAAACAACGUGAAACUGGAGCCUGAAUCAAAACACUGAGCAGCUGCAAAUCGUCUGGGUUGAACGAUUGCUGCGAAACGUUUUUUCCUGACAGAGGAAAAACUUCCCUUCCCACCGCCUCCUGUACGCUACAGGGCCACGCCCGCUACCAGGUUCAGUGCUCAGUGAUUGGACGGGUUGAGAGUAGACCCACUUCAUUGGUACAAGGAAGAAAAAUGAUGUAGAACUGUGGCGUUUAUCUUUGCUGUCAGGAAUGAUGUGUGCACUUUGGGGAAAAUAAUUAUUUUAGCACUAAUUAAACUGUUGCACUUUUU